GGCGGAGUGGAUGACAUGACUAAGCUGUCCUAUUUACACGAGCCUGGGGUCCUGCAGAACUUAAAAUCUAGAUAUGAAUUGAAUGAAAUAUACACUUAUACUGGAAAUAUUUUAAUUGCGAUAAAUCCAUUCCAAAGACUACCACAUCUCUAUGAUGCUCACAUGAUGCAACAAUAUAAGGGAGCACCGUUUGGAGAACUAAGUCCUCAUGUGUUUGCAGUUGCUGAUGUUGCAUUUAGGGCAAUGGUUAAUGAAGGAAAAAGCAAUUCAAUUCUGGUCAGUGGGGAAAGUGGAGCUGGUAAAACUGAAACUACAAAAAUGCUUAUGAGAUACCUUGCUUACCUAGGUGGUAGGGCUGCUACUGAAGGAAGAACAGUUGAACAACAAGUUCUUGAAUCAAAUCCAGUUCUUGAAGCAUUUGGCAAUGCAAAAACAGUUAGGAAUAACAACUCCAGCCGUUUUGGAAAAUUUGUUGAGAUCCAAUUCGAUAAAAGUGGAAGAAUCUCAGGAGCAGCAAUUCGAACUUACCUUCUGGAGAGGUCUCGAGUUUGCCAAAUUAAUGAUCCUGAACGCAACUACCACUGCUUCUAUCUUCUUUGUGCUGCACCACAGGAGGAAAUAGAGAAAUACAAAUUGGGACCUCCUAAAUCAUUUCAUUACCUUAACCAGUCAAAUUGUUAUGAACUGGUUGAUUCAAGUGAUGCUCGUGAGUAUCUUGCCACUAGGAGAGCUAUGGAUAUCGUUGGAAUAAGCCAAAAAGAUCAGGAAGCAAUUUUCAGAGUUGUCGCUGCUAUCCUUCAUCUUGGUAAUAUUGCUUUUUCUAAAGGAAAAGAAGUUGACUCAUCAAUUCCCAAAGAUGACAAAGCCAAAUUCCACCUGGCAACAACUGCCGAGCUUCUCAUGUGUAAUGCUGAUGCCUUGGAAGAUGCUUUAUGUAAACGUGUGAUGAUCACCCCUGAAGAAGUUAUAAAACGAAGCCUUGAUCCCCAGAGUGCAGCAAUAAGCAGAGAUGGCUUGGCCAAAACAAUUUAUUCUCGGCUAUUUGACUGGCUGGUGGACAAGAUUAAUAGUUCAAUCGGACAGGAUCCUAAUUCCAAAUCUUUGAUUGGAGUCCUUGAUAUCUAUGGUUUUGAAAGCUUUAAAACUAACAGUUUUGAGCAGUUUUGCAUAAACUUCACCAAUGAGAAGUUGCAGCAGCAUUUCAAUCAGCACGUCUUUAAAAUGGAACAAGAAGAAUAUACAAAGGAACAGAUUAAUUGGAGCUAUAUUGAAUUUGUUGAUAAUCAAGAUGUCCUGGACCUCAUCGAAAAGAAACCUGGAGGAAUUAUCGCUCUCCUUGAUGAAGCUUGCAUGUUUCCUAAGUCAACACAUGAAACAUUUGCUAACAAGCUUUAUCAAACAUUCAAGAAUCACAAGCGCUUUAUAAAGCCGAAAUUGUCUCGAUCAGAUUUCACCAUUGCUCACUAUGCUGGGGAGGUCUUAUACCAGUCUAAUCAAUUUUUAGACAAAAACAAGGAUUAUGUGGUUCCUGAACAUCAAGAUUUGUUGGGUGCUUCCAAAUGUUCCUUUGUAGCAGGACUUUUUCCUCCGCUUCCAGAAGAGACAUCUAAAUCUUCCAAAUUUUCCUCAAUUGCAUCUCGCUUUAAGCAACAACUACAGUCACUAAUGGAAACACUAAACUCUACAGAGCCUCAUUACAUCAGAUGUGUGAAACCAAACAACCUUCUUAAGCCUGCGAUAUUUGAGAAUGCCAACAUUAUGCAACAACUUCGCUGUGGUGGUGUUUUAGAGGCAAUCAGAAUCAGUUGUGCAGGCUAUCCUACACGUCGUGCUUUCUUUGAAUUUAUAAAUCGAUUUGGCCUCCUUGCCCCAGAGGCCAUGGAAGGCAACAUCGAAGAAAAGGUUGCUUGCCAAAAGAUUCUGGAAAAGAUGGGGCUAAAAGGGUAUCAGAUUGGUAAAACAAAAGUAUUCCUGAGAGCUGGCCAAAUGGCUGAACUGGAUGCACGGAGAGCUCAAGUACUCAGCAAUGCAGCAAAAAUUAUCCAACGGCGCGUACGAACCCAUCAAGCUCGUAAUCAUUAUCUUUCUUUGCGAAAGAUUACCGUAUACAUGCAGUCUGUAUGUAGAGGAAGGCUAGCAUGCAAACUCUUUGACAACAUGAGAAAGGUGGCUGCUGCUAAGAAAAUUCAGAAGAACGUACGCCGAUAUGAAGCUAGGAAGGCCUAUAAAAGACUCCAUGCUACAGUACUUACCUUGCAAACGGGUUUAAGGGCAAUGGCUGCACGUAAGGAAUUCAGAUUUAGGAAGCAGUCUAAAGCUGCAAUUGCCAUCCAGGCUCGGUGGCGAUGCCAUAAAGCUUCCUCAUAUUAUAAGAGGCUCAAGAAAGCUGCAAUAAUUACACAAUGCAGAUGGAGAGGCCGUGUUGCAAGGAGGGAACUUAGGAAGUUAAAAAUGGCUGCGAGAGAAACUGGUGCACUUCAAGAAGCAAAGGAUAAGCUUGAAAAACGAGUGGAGGAACUCACUUGGCGUCUCCAACUAGAAAAAAGUUUGAGGACCAACCUAGAAGAAGCCAAAGCACAAGAGGUAGCAAAACUGCAGAAUUCUUUAAAGGAGAUGCAGACUAAAAUUGAUGAAACCCAUGCUUUACUUGCCAAAGAACGAGAAAAUGCAAAGAAAGCCGUUGAAGAAGCACCUCCUAUUAUUCAGGAAACCCAGGUUCUUGUUGAAGACACACAAAAAAUUGAAUCACUAACGGCAGAAGUUGAGAGCCUGAAGACGUCACUCCAGUCAGAAAAAGAGAGGGCAGAUGACUUUGAAAGAAAAUACAACCAAGCACAAGUCUCUAGUGAAGAAAGGGGUAAAAAAUUAGAAGACACCGAGAAGAAGGUUCGUCUGCUACAAGAAUCAUUGACCAGGCUAGAAGAGAAGAUUACUAAUUUAGGAUCGGAGAAUCAGGUUCUACGUCAACAAGCUGUGUCCAUGGCACCUAAUAAGUUCCUUUCAGGACGCUCGAGAUCUAUUAUUCAGAGAGGUGCUGAAGGAGGGGUUCAUGUCGGAGGGGAAGUAAAGGCACCUUUGGAUCUUCAUAGCCCAUCAAUGAUUCAGAGGGAACACUAUGAAAUGGAGGAUAGGCCACAAAAGUCACUGAAUGAGAAACAGCAGGAGAAUCAAGAGUUACUCAUCAGAUGUAUUGCACAACAUCUAGGCUUUGCUGGGAACAGACCGAUUGCAGCCUGUAUCAUAUACAAAUGCCUCUUGCACUGGCGAUCCUUUGAAGUAGAGCGUACUAGCGUUUUCGAUCGUAUUAUUCAAACAAUUGGCCAAGCAAUUGAGACCCAGGAUAACAAUGAUAUCUUGGCUUACUGGUUAUCGAAUGCCUCUACACUUCUCUUGCUACUCCAGCGCACACUCAAGGCAAGUGGUGCCGCCGGAAUCACUCCGCAACGCCGUCGUUCUUCAUCAGCAACACUAUUUGGGAGGAUGACACAAAGUUUCCGCGGAGCUCCAUCUGGAGUCAACCUUGCCCUAAUCAACGGAAGCGGCGGAGUAGAUACAUUGCGACAAGUUGAAGCCAAGUACCCGGCUCUUCUUUUCAAACAGCAGCUUACAGCAUAUGUGGAAAAGAUAUAUGGAAUGAUUCGCGAUAACUUGAAGAAAGAAAUAUCUCCCUUGCUUGGGUUAUGCAUCCAGGCACCGAGAACAUCCAGAGCAGGCUUGGUUAAAGGGCGCUCUGUUGCAAACACGGAAGCCCAGCGAGCAUUGAUUGCUCACUGGCAGGGGAUAGUGAAGAGCCUCGGGAACUUUCUUAAUACUUUAAAAGCGAAUCAUGUUCCUCCAUUUUUAGUUCGGAAGGUGUUCACCCAAAUUUUUUCUUUUAUCAACGUCCAGCUAUUCAACAGUCUUCUUUUAAGACGGGAGUGCUGCUCAUUCAGCAAUGGGGAAUAUGUGAAAGCUGGUUUGGCUGAACUGGAGCACUGGUGUUACAAAGCAACGGAUGAGUAUGCAGGUUUAGCCUGGGAUGAGCUCAAACAUAUCAGGCAGGCCAUUGGAUUCCUGGUCAUACAUCAGAAGCCAAAGAAAACGCUGGAUGAAAUAAGCCAUGACCUAUGCCCGGUCCUCAGUGUACAGCAGCUGUAUCGGAUAAGUACCAUGUACUGGGAUGACAAAUACGGCACGCACAGCGUAUCCCCCGAUGUAAUAUCCAAUAUGAGAGUGCUGAUGACUGAAGACUCAAAUAAUGCAGUCAGCAAUUCUUUCCUGUUGGAUGAUGAUUCCAGUAUCCCAUUUUCGGUUGAUGACAUAUCAAAGUCAAUGGAGCAAAUAGAUAUCGCGGAUAUUGAACCGCCACCGCUGAUUCGAGAGAACUCUGGCUUUAGUUUCUUGUUGCCACGCAUAGAUUGACAGCUCUGUUAGAAGCAGAACAGCUACUGAUUCAACUUACACUUAGAUAUAUCAUCCUGCCUUUCUCAAUUAUUUGACAUCACAUCCUUCUUUUUUGUGGCCCUUGUGCUCCGUCAAAUCCGGUCCUUCUUUCUUAGUUUAGGCUCGCCGCCCUAUUAUUCCCUUUUGCAACUAACCUUCUGGAUUCCAGCAACAUACUUGCAUGCGAGACCACUUCACCGUCUCCAUUUUACCGCUUCUUUUCACACCACAAUGUUCGACUCAUUCAAGAAUUUUUUCCCCCUCCUUUUGAUUAGUUCACAUUUUUGUACCUACAACUAGAAGCAUAGGAAAGUGGAAGAAGACUGCCCCCGGCCUCACCGGAAUCGUAGUAUCAAUUAGAGUGUUCUUCCUUGUGGG